AUGGAACGUACCCAAUCUGACUAUCAUCAAAGAGGCGAAGAAGAUGUUGGAUUAGAGACGAUCUGCGCAGAACUUUUAAAAUCAGAUAGAGUUGUACACGGGUAUUCUGAUUUUGAAUUUCUUUUUUCAAGCUCAGAAUAUCCUCGUCUAUUAGACGAAAGGAUAUUUCCCAGGCUACUAGAUAAUCAGAAAUUUGAAAUUGAAUGGCCUCGUAAAAUACCCCCACAGUUAUCUCUCUUAAUGUUAGGCGUUCCGUCUGGCACUAAUAUAGAUGAAUUAAGACAAGAUGUUCAAAGAAUUUAUCCAUCGAUUGUUACAGCCGCUAGUCAACCAACGUAUAAAUCGAUAACAAGUGUACAUGUUAGAUUAGACUUUCGUAAUUCUACAGAAUAUGACAGAUGUAAAGAAAUUGGUAAGAUUAGUCUAGAUCAUUUUGAAUUCAAGAUCAAAGAAUUUUUUAGCACGCCAAAAGUCUUGUUUUGUCAGAAAUGUCAUGGAUAUGGUC